AAAAAAACUAGCAAACUUUGCCAGUUGUCUCUCCAAUGUUAAAAUGUGACUUGUUUGAUUGGCCAGGCGAUUUCAUAUGCUUCAAUUCACGUGCCAACAGAAUGUAAAAGUUCAAAGACAAAUAUUAUGACAGUGAAAAACACAACAGAUGGACUUUUGGAUUAAGAUGAAAUUUUUACUCGAGUUCUCUUUAAGGUUGACACACACUAGGGAAACAUGUUGCGGGAACAAGCCCCUUUCGUGUGUACGCUUAGGGACACUCACAGUAUGCCAGCUGGUUUACGCCAAGCAGAUUGAGGAAUAAAAAUGUGUUAUAGCUGGAACAGUUUGCAGGAACAGUGAACAUCGGAUGCCACUUUCAAAAUUGAGGUCAAUUUUUCAAACCAGCCGGAUUUUAUGCACCUGUUGCUGUGACAAAAUUUUUUUAUCCCUGCACAGCGCCUUUUCGCAAAAACGGGCAUGCCACACGAGGAAAACUGUCGCUGCAACAUGUCUUCUGGAGUCCGCCGACCAUAUAGGUUGCUCUACCGUAAAAAAAUAAAAGAAAGAAAGAAAAAAAGAAAACAAAAAAACGCUGAAAAGAAAUUUUACGUGGUGCUAUCUAGAUAAAGGAUUAGGUUGCAUCCGAGAAACUGUAUUGUGCCUAUCAUGUAGACGAGAAGAUACAAGAAACUUUCUGCUUUUGUAUUUCGGCAUUAUUCUAUACCAUUGAUCUUGAGACUAAAAUUAAGUACAUGGAACACGGAUUUUAAAUGCUAACAGUGGAACGUUUCUUGUAUCUUCUGGUUGUUGUCCAUAUCGUAGGCACAAAGCAAUUACUCGUUAGAGCGGUUUUUAAUUGAGUGUGGUAAAACCAAAAUCAAAGUAAUCACUCAAGCCAAUCAUAAAGGACGCAGACAAUGCAGAGAACUUAUCAAAACUGGAAGUAGUUACACGAAGCUGAUAAGAAGCGCGGGAAAACGUGAGCGAACGAGUCACGUUUGAUUUUGGUUUUUCUUCUGAUUGGAUGAAAAAGUGGCGCGAUUUUUUUUUAAGCCAAUCGUGUUGCGUAGUAAGUGCAAAUCCAAUAACGUUUCAAGUAAACACCGUUCUAUGUACUGAAAUAGGUUUAAUACCAGUUAGAGGAACUUGUGCGUUGAUCUUUUGUUAUUUUUUAAAGGAGUUAGCUACAUUCUGUAGUUACAGUAAUGAACUGAAAACAUUUGGCACAAGAAUUCAAAAGUUCGGUAAGUAGUUCGGAAAGUCAGAGAAUAGACAACAUGCACAAUUGAGUUUCAUUACGUUAUUCGCAGAUCGAGUUACAUGCCAAGAGCGAUUUUCACGAAGAAAAAAGAGCGAUCCCUGAAGAUCCAUUUUUAGGUUAGCCACGUGAUUUGGAUAAAAAUAUUUUCAUAGAAAUAUCACAUUAAGUGGCUGUCGAUUAUUUGAGGCUGGUUUUCUCUAGCGUGUAAGCAAAAGGACAAGCCGACAUACGCAGACGCCGUAAGAUGCUGAUAAUUUUAACAAAUCGAAUGUGGUUUAGCGUUGUCUGGACAGCGGCAAAUUAGCCAAUCAGAUUGCGAGAUUAGUAGCAAUUGUGGUAAAAAGUGCCUUUUCCUAACAAAAGGUGUUAAUUAUCAGCAUUUUACUGCGUCGGCGUAUCAGCGGGUAUGUCGACUUGUGCUUGUACUUAUGCGCGAGUGAAAACCAGCCUUAAGAACUUUAACAAUGGAUUUUACCAGACUAAAAUGUCAGCCAGUGAUAAGAAAGCAAAUUAUUGAAAACAGAAAUAGAGUUUAGUCCUGCGUUACGAUUCUUAAUUAAAAACAGAGUAACAAAUUGUAGCACCAUGAAAUGGAAUUUUAAAGAGAGAGCAUUUUUACGUUGUAAAUAUUUUCAUGUUCUCCAGAUAUUACCUCGUAACAUAAGGAAUAAUGAUACAUGUAAUAUCUGCAAUUUUACGCUAAUAAAUUUUUUAUUUUGUGUUCACUAAGCAGUUUGUAACAAGUACAUUUUUAAUUUGACUGAGUGAAGAAAAUCAGGGGCGACUCGUUGCCUUUUUCGAAGCAUUCAAAAGCCUAAACCAAUCUUGAGUUGGCUUACGCGCGUUCCAGUAUCGCGCCACAGAAACCGGUUACACCUGUUUGCUUCGACUUGUGAUUGGCCCAAGGUGUUGCCUGUGUACGUGCACGUGUAUCUGUGACGGAACAAGCGUAAUUUUGGUAGGGAACCUGUCCUUUGAGCCCUGUCUUUGUAGAAAUUAAGAGCUAUGACUUGUCAAAAUGUAUCCAUUUAAACUACUAUCACCUGUAUAUAACGUGUAUGGAACAAACCAUGGAGAAGAAGGCUGAAGUUUUGUUCAUAAAUCCCUCAGGCACUUUACUGUAGGUUUCUCUUCAGCUCACUCGGCAGUGAAGCCCAAUCGAAAAUUGCUUCAUAAUAUGUUUUGUUUCUGCCUCAUUCCGUUUUUGGCCUGAUAUCUUUGAGCAUGUAACCAUUUAGUAUGUGUUCGUUCUGUUGCGGUUGCGUUUCGUAGUGUUGUCUGUCCUUUUCUUUGGUCAAAAAUAGCUCUUUGUUUUGUGCUAUAGCAUCGGUGUCAUAAAUUAAAUGCAUCCGCAAUCAAUCAAAUGUUGUCAUUCAUGGAUAGUUACACAGUAUCCACGAGUUUGAUAAUUCCCCGAUUUGCAGGUAAAUUGUAACUAGAGCGUUUAUUUGCCAUACCGCCUCUUUUCAACGAUCACUGAUUGCUUCGAGUUAUAGACAAAACUUGAUAACAAUGCUGACAAUGUAGAAAGCUCAAGUCAAUUAGAGGUGAGGGUCAGUUUGGAUAAUAGUUUACACUCGUCUUGGCACUGAUUUCCUGUCCAACUGUCAAUCUUGACUUUGAUUACGUGAAUUUCUCAUUUACAUAACAACUGGUUGGAAUUCAUUGGAGCAGAAGAACGAAAAAGCUGUAAAAUGUAGUCGGGAAGUAACCUCAAACGUGCCGACUUUUCGGCAGAGCAUGCCUCGCGUACGUUCAUCGAAACUAGAGGAGCUAGAUUGAUUUCACUGAGAAUGGGGAGUGCGGCGAGCGUGAAUAAUGCUUAUAGCAACGGAGAGCAGAAUGGUAAAUUACAGCGCAGUCCCACGGCCAGCACGACUCAACUCAAACGAGAACUGAAGGAGAAAGAUGACUUUUUGCAGCGUAAGGACGCGGAGUUACAGCAUCGCCAACGAAUCAUCGAAGAAAAAGAUGCCGAGUUGGGUAAAUUGCGAAAGGAAAUUCACGAGCUCAAAUGCGUCGUUCAACAAACAGCCUCGAAAACCAGCAUUUUGUCUACCAUUCACGAGGACGGCGACAUGGCUGUGAACUCCAAACCACGAAAAGCUUUGAGAUCAAGCCGAAAGGAGAAACGAAUGGCAGUGAGCGGAGAGAGCAGUUCAAAGGCCGAAGAAGAGACGAAGAAGGAACUGCAGCGCCAUCCUAAAGACUUCAGAUCGAAACAGCUGAUCAAGGAUGCCAUCAAUGAAAACGAUUUUCUGAAGAACUUGGAAGCAGCCCAAGUGCGUGAGAUAGUGGACUGUAUGUACCCCAAGAAUUACAACAAGAACGAUAUGAUUGUAAAGGAAGGAGACAUUGGACAGGCGCUGUAUGUUAUCGCUGAGGGCCGCCUUGAAGUGACAAAAGAUGGUGAAGUAUUGGGUGAAAUGAACGGCGGAACUGUUUUCGGCGAGUUGGCCAUCUUAUACAACUGCAAACGGACAGCAUCUGUGAAAGCUAUAAACAGUGCCAAGCUAUGGAUUAUCGAUCGCCUUGUGUUUCAAACCAUCAUGAUGCGAACUGGUAUGAUGAGACAGGCUGAACAUAUUGCAUUUCUCAAAAGUGUUCCUCUUUUGAAGAACUUGUCGGAUCAAGAAUUUGCCAAACUUGGAGAUGUUUUAGAAGAGGAUUAUUACCAUGGAGACGACUUUAUAAUCCGCGAGGGUGAAAGAGGCGACACAUUUUAUAUCAUAAAUAAGGGCUCGGUGAUCGUUACUCAAAGGGUUGCGGGACAUGACGAGCCUCAGGAAGUCAGAAGGCUCGCAAGGGGAGACUACUUUGGCGAGAAAGCUCUUCUAAGUGAAGAUCGCAGAACUGCCAACGUAAUCGCUGAACCACCUGGAGUGGAAUGCCUGGUUGUUGAGCGAACUGCAUUUAAGGCUUUGAUUGGUAACCAUGACGAACUAAGACAGAAAGAUUACGGAGAUGAAGAGCGAGGUGCAAGGAGGUGUCAUUCUUCCUCUAAACUUGAUUCAAGUCCUUACGAAGAAAGGAAAAUUUCAAAGCAGUUUGAGGACUUGACCCUCGAUGAAUUGGAAGUUAUCGCUACCCUCGGAAUGGGUGGAUUUGGACGCGUGGAACUGGUCCAAAAUGUUAAGGAUAAGCAGACGUACGCUCUGAAGUGUCUGAAGAAAAAACACAUCUUGGACACACGACAACAAGAACACAUCUACUCCGAGAAGAAAAUCAUGUCUCAAGCACACUCUCCCUUCAUUUGCAGGUUAUAUCGAACCUUCAAGGAUCGCAAGUACGUCUAUAUGCUGCUGGAAGUUUGUCUGGGUGGAGAGCUGUGGACUAUACUGAGGGACAGGGGCUUUUUUGAUGAUUCUACCGCUCGUUUCCUCGUUGCCUGUGUAGUGGAAGCAUUUGAAUACCUCCAUUCCAGAGGCAUCGUCUAUCGAGACUUAAAGCCGGAAAAUUUACUUUUGGACAAAGAUGGCUACGUGAAGCUGGUGGACUUUGGUUUUGCCAAAAGGAUUGGGUUCGGAAGAAAGACAUGGACAUUUUGUGGAACGCCAGAGUAUGUUGCGCCAGAAAUUAUCCUCAAUAAGGGCCAUGACUUGUCUGCAGAUUGCUGGUCCUUGGGAAUAUUGAUCUUUGAGCUCCUUACUGGAAGUCCGCCAUUUUAUGGUUCUGACCCCAUGAAGACAUACAACAUUAUUCUCCGAGGUAUGGACGUGAUAGAGUUUCCCAAAAAGAUCGGACGCAAUCCUCAGAAUCUUAUAAGAAGGCUUUGUAAGGAAAGCCCCACCGAGAGACUGGGAUAUCAAAAGGAUGGUCUCACGGACGUCAAAAAACACAAAUGGUUCCAAGGUUUUCACUGGCAAGGGUUACUAGAGCGGACUCUUGAACCUCCCAUAAAGCCAAAGGUGAAAAACGCAACGGAUUACGGUAAUUUCGACCAUUAUGCGAAAGACAUGGAUGUACCCCCUGAUGACCUGUCAGGCUGGGACGAGAACUUUUAAUACACCUUGGAAACUACAAAAGAAACAGCAAUAUAGCUUAUAAAAACCGGGGAUAUUCAAUAUCAAAUAAUUGUACGUGGAAGGGAAAUAUUUAAAACAAAGAAUGUUAUUCAACUCUUGAAACCCAGUUUCAAGAGUACAGAAACUUAUAUUUGUAAAUUAUUUAUUUAUGAAAACCUGAAAAAAAAAUAGCUGGUAUUUGGUCAUAAAAUCAUGGUUGCC